AUGUAUUUAAGCAGGACUCGUUUAAUCUUGCUAUUAUUUCUAAUAGUUUUUCUAAAACUCUGCUCCAGUCAAACGACAACAACAUCAACUCAAAAUGCCUCUCCCGUAGUGCUUCAAGCCAUAUCAACAGCAGCAACGACAACAGCUGUAAAUCAAGGAAUAGUGGCUCAAGAAGCUCAAGAAGUGUCGACAAACCCAGCGACAACAACAACAGUAACAACAGGAGGAGUAGUUGCUCAACAAGUGUCAACACCGGCACCCACCUCUACUCCAUCUCCAGUUACCGGUACAUCUCCUCAAAAGGCCGUAGUAUCGUUUGGCAACAUUGCAGCAAUUAGCCUUUGUGGCAAAAUUGCUAUACAG